CUCGGAGCGGAUAGACGGGCGGACGGAAGGAGCUUCAUGCCGCUGCGUUUUGCGCAUUAACCGGGACGGUUUCUCUCCAGACCGGGCGGAAUCUUUACCACGGCAUUCAAGCGGAGAUAGAAAACAAAGGGGAAAAAAGAGUGUCUCAAUGGAGCUAAGCUUGGGCCGGGGCUCUCUUCUGCUCUUCCUCCUGACAGCAGUGCAGACUGGCACAGAAGGAAGAAGCUCUGUACCAUGCACGCCUGGGUUUUCUGAAGACGUGUAUGAUGCACCGAUGCCUGAAACCCUAAAGGAAGGACAGCUGCUUCUCACUGCAGUGAGGUUCCAUGACUGUGGACAGGGAGGGCGAGUGCACUUUGAGUGCAGCCAGCCGACUGCUUUCCGGAUUGAGAUCACCGGGGAGGUGUUAGCUCUCCGGACACUCCAGCCAUCUUUAACCUCCUCGUCCUCCUUCCUGUCUUCUCCGCUGCUUGUUAUAGCACGAGACAUUUCCACGCAGGAGCAGUGGCAAACCGAGGUCCGGCUCCGGCCAUCAGGAGGCCAAGGAUUGCAGGAGGCGCUUGAGUCCAGGAGACUGACGGAGAUUAUAAUCCCCUCGCGGCAGGAGAACAGCCAUAUCAAGCGCAUGAAGAGAGACUGGGUUAUUCCUCCCAUUAAUGUCCCAGAAAACUCCAGAGGACCUUUUCCUCAGGAACUGGUCAGGAUCCGCUCAGACCAUGAUAACAAGGUGAACCUGCGCUACAGCGUGACUGGCCCUGGAGCUGACCAACCUCCCACUGGCAUCUUCUCCAUCGACCCCAUCUCAGGAGAACUGAGCGUGCUCAAACCACUCGACCGCGAGCACAUCGCCAGCUUCCAUCUGAGAGCUCAUGCAGUGGACCUGAAUGGCAAUCAAGUGGAAAACCCAAUUGACAUUGUGAUCAACGUGAUUGACAUGAACGACAACCGACCCGAGUUUGUUCAUCAGAUCUGUAAUGGGACUGUACCAGAGGGCUCCAGGCCAGGCACGUCUGUAAUGACGGUAACAGCUGAGGACAAGGACGACCCACGGACCCUGAACGGCCAGCUGCGCUAUAAGAUCCUGUCCCAAAACCCCGAGAGCCCGAGUGCUAACAUGUUCACUAUCAACAACCGCACUGGCAGCAUCAUCACUGUUGCGGCCGGCUUGGACCGAGAGAAAGUUCCUCAGUACACGCUGAUCAUCCAGGCCACCGAUAUGGAGGGGAACCCGAUGUAUGGCCUUUCCAACACCGCCACAGCCGUCAUCAGGGUGACCGACGUCAACGACAAUCCACCGGAAUUCACCAACGACGCUUUCUACGGUGAGGUGCCAGAAAACCGUGUGAAUGUGAUUGUGGCCAAUCUGACGGUGACAGAUAAAGACCAGCCCAACACACCAGCAUGGAAUGCAGUGUAUAAGAUCACAGGUGGAGAUCCCACUGGACGCUUCUCUGUCCCCACUGACCCCACCACCAACGAGGGACUGGUGACCGUCGUCAAGCCCAUCGACUACGAGACAACUCGGACGUUUGUGCUCACCGUAGUGGUGAUGAACGAGUUCCCACUAGAGCGAGGCAUCCACCUUCCACGCCAGUCCACUGCCACUGUCUCCGUCCGCGUCAUUGACGUCAAUGAGAGCCCUUACUUCGAGCCCAAUCCCAGACUUAUUCGGCUGGAUGAGGGCAUGCCAGCUGAGUCGGCGCUCACCACGUUUGUAGCCCAGGACCCAGACCGUUUCAUGCAGCAGACCAUCAGAUAUUCAAAACUCUUAGACCCGGCUGAUUGGCUAAGGAUUGACCCAAACAAUGGACGCAUCACUACCGUUGCUGUUCUGGACCGAGAGUCUCAGUAUGUAAAGAAUAACCUGUACAACGCAACAUUCCUCGCCACUGAUAACGGCAUUCCUCCAGCCAGUGGGACAGGCACCCUACAGAUCCUGCUGCGUGACAUUAAUGAUAACGCUCCUCAUGUGUACCCUCCUGAGGCCGAGAUGUGUGAGAAACCCGAAACCAGUGGGAUCAACAUCACGGCUCUGGAUGGAGACCUGAACCCCAACGCUGGACCCUUCGCCUUCGAGCUGCCUCUUCGGCCCAGUGACAUCAGGAGGAACUGGACUCUCACACGCCUCAAUGGUGAAAACGCUCAACUGAGCCUGAAGAUCAGCGUCCUAGAGAGAGGCAUCUAUGAGAUCCCGAUCUACAUCACAGACUCAGGCAACCUACCCAUGUCCAACACGUCCUACCUGCGUGUGAAAGUGUGUCAGUGUGAUCAGAAUGGAGACUGUACGGAUCAGGAGUUCCUUGUGGCUGCCGGACUGGGCACGGGUGCCAUCAUUGCCAUCCUGCUCUGCAUCAUCACCCUCCUCAUCCUGGUCCUGUUGUUUGUGAUGUGGAUGAAGAGGAAGGAUAAAGAGCGUCAGGCCAAACAGCUGCUUAUUGACCCUGAGGAUGACGUCCGAGACAACAUCCUUAAAUACGAUGAGGAAGGAGGUGGAGAGGAGGACCAGGAUUAUGAUCUGAGUCAGCUGCAGCAGCCAGACACUAUGGAUCCGGAGUGUGUGAAGCCCGUCGGGAUCCGUAGAUUGGAUGAGAGACCACUGCACCCAGAACCUCAGUACCCAGUCAGAUCGGCUGCUCCACACCCUGGAGAUAUCGGAGACUUCAUCAAUGAGGGUCUGAAAGCGGCCGACGGCGACCCGACAGCCCCACCGUAUGACUCUCUGCUGGUGUUCGACUACGAGGGCAGCGGCUCAACAGCCGGCUCGCUCAGCUCCAUCAGCUCGUCCAGCAGUGGCGGAGACCAGGACUACGAUUACCUCAACGACUGGGGACCGAGAUUCCGCAAACUCGCCGACAUGUACGGAGGAUCGGACGAGUGAGACGGAGCGAAACCGACGGAGAUAACACACACAUGCCUGGCUUUUCUCUACCCCCACCCCCAUUCUGACUGAAGGACGAGGACAGCUUCUGUCAACCGAUUUCCCCCCGAGAACAGACGGAUUUAAGCAGAAAAAAACCCUAAAAUGUAUUAUGAAAAAAAAUCAACAAAGUAAACAAAAUCCUAGGCUCAGUAUUGUAGUGUAGGCAGAUUUAUGCUCGUUGAAGGCUUUUGGCAAUGAAGAUGAUCUGGAGAUGAGCGGAGGGGGAGACUGGGAAGAGAUGACGAGAUGAUGGCACUGUUUUUGGAUUGUAGGCUACGAUAAACGCUCAGUUACACUGACUUGAAUUUUACAGUACAGAAGCACUGGGAUUUAACGUGCCUUUUUGUACAAUUUUUUUUUUCUUUUUUGAAUCUGAAGGAUUAGUUUGUAGUAUGUUCAAGGCUUUAAUGGGACUGACAUUUGGAGUGAUUUCAAGACAAAAGUGGUAAUUUCUGAUCUGCUUCAUGAUUUUUUUUUCUUCCUGGUUACCAUCUACAAAGGAGAGUUAUUUAACAAAUUUAUAAAGAGAUAAAAAAUGAAGGUUCCUUCAUUGACCUUAAUGAGAACAAAAUGAUUGACAGGAUCAGUGUACAGUACAGUAAAACGUCUUUUUUUUUCCCAUUUAAAGUUGAAUGUUAUGUAUGCAGAUGGUUGCAGAUGAAGGGAAUCUUCAAGAAAAAAGUUUUACUUUUCUUUCUGAAGUGGUAUUACAUUUUACAAAAAAAGAAAAAAAUGAGAAAAAAAUACACAGCAGCAGUCGUUUCCUUUCUGCUCUCAUUCAUGUACACUUCAUUUGCCUUAGCCGCCAUCUGAUGCCCUCAGUUUUUACUCUACUGUAAAAAUUUGUGUACAUAUUUCUUUUAUUUUUUUCUUUUACUCUUUUACGUUUGAUGUAGUCGAUAAAGAAGAAGUGCAAACCCGGUUUCAAUCUUGUAAAUGUAAAAAGAAAAAAAAAACGCAAAUUGGACUAUGACUUUUUUUUUUUUGCAUGUUUUUAUCUUUUCACAACUAUGGUUAAAAAAAGGACCUCGUUCCGAAAUUUAUGUACGGAGUGCUUAAAACAGUUUCAGCUGAUGCAAGAUAUGUGGAAGGUACGAGUUUUUUUUUUGUAAGAAAAAAAAUAAAGAGACAAAAAAAUAAUAAACAGUAAAGAAAGUUACUCCAUUAAAAAAAAAAAAGAAUCAAAAACAGGACAAAAUGAGUAACAUUAUCAGCACAAGUGUUGAAUUUGUACCAAAAAGGGAUGAAGGUGAUGGUGAGGUUGGGGAAGAGUUUGGGAAUGGGGAAAGGGAAAGAGGGGGUGUUUGUUGCUGGUUUUAAUGAUCAAAUCAGCUUUAAGAGUGGUUAAGGUUUCCGACACAUGCUUUGUGGAUAAUCUUAUGUACUGGAAUUCCAAUUAUUCAACCCAAACACCUGAAUAAAAAGGCUAAUUUUGGAGCUAAA